UCACGAGGCGACGUAUUGUAGAGACGUGAACAGCACGAGACAAGCAUCGCCUUGGUUACCAGAAACAUUCAUCAAACUAGUAGCUACUGUAAAUGUGAGUCGAAGCAAGGAGAAGUAGGCUAUAAUCAAAUUAUCAGAAUCACACAAAAGAAAAGAAGUCGCUUAAUGUUGCAUAAGUGACAUCAGUGAACAGGUUGAAGGAGAAAGUGAAAAGCUUUACGUAGACCAGAUAAAGGAGACACAGCAGAACUCUUAGUGUGACGGACAUCAUGGAGAAGUGCAGAUUUUCAGAUGGUAGUUUACCAUGUGGGUUAAAUUCUGACCCUGACAUGCAAGCAAAUGAAGGUGGAGGAAGAGACCAUUCCAAUGUUAUGGACAGCAGGUCUAAAGCAACCACUGAUCUUAAAGACACUCUGCGGAAACUGAGCAAUACAAUGGUGCCUCAUGAGGAGGACAACUUAAUACUGAACAAGAAAGAAAAUAAAGCCAGGAAACACGAAGCAAGCUGCCAUGACUACAGUCUUACAGCUAAGCCAACUCGUCAAUGUCCUUUUGAGAUUUAUUUACAAAAGUGCACGCAAUUAGAGAAGGAAAACCUAGAGGUUAAGAAGAAGCUUAAAAAGACGGAGACGUAUUCCAAGGAAUGCACAACAGAGCUGCAGAGAUUUGUGAAGAGGUUUAAAGAGUUUAAAAACAUAAACAAAGACCUGGACUCGAAGAACAAACACCUUCUCAUUAAAAACCAGCAAAUGAGGCAAAGAAUUACAGAGGUCUUAAAGCAGAACAGACCUCAGUCCACAGAUCUGAGAGUCCCCAAAUGCUGUGAACACCACUGUCAGGAGAAGCAGCAACUAAGAGAAACAGUUGUUGUGCUCAAAGAGGGGCUAGAGAACUUAACAGAACCAGUCGAAUCUCAAAGAUUGAAAGAGGAUUCAGAAAGUAUCAAAGAGAGGAAGAUUGUAACUCGGCUACAACAGGAAAACCAAACUCUAAGAGAGAGACUGGACCACAACUGUCAGGUCAUAAAAGAUACUGAAAGUAGAGCCGAGAGAGUUCAGCAGGAGCUGGAUGAGCUCGAGUGUUGUCUGCUCACUGUACAGACUGAGAGAAAUCUACUGCGACAGGAAGUAAAGAGGCUCCAUAAGGAAUAUAUCAGUCUUACUAACAGCAUCUCACUGCAGCUGAAAGGAAACAACAAAGCUGCCGGUCUCACAGGGUUUUCAGGGAAACCCCAUGAGAGCAAUGCUUUACAGUCCACCAUACCAGUUUAGGAUCCUGAGGAGACACAAUAUGACAGAUAAAGGUGCAUUUUGAAGACAGAACCAAGGAGAAUGAGGAAAUACAAGUGUUUAUAGUUAUAUUUCCAUAUUUUUUGAUAUUUAAAAUUGUAUUACAUUCUUAUUUUAAAUUGUAUUAUUAUUAUUAUUAUUCAUUCUAAAAUGAAUCUCUACUGGUAAAAAGUUAAUUAACAAUAUUCUGUCAAUAUGCUGUUUGUUUAUGUUUUGCCAUUUUCCCUCCCUCUCCCCCACAAAUUCUGUCUGUCUUUACUGUUACUGUUACAGGCUAAAAAUAAAUAAAAUAAAAUCUCAAGCAAUAUUACUUGUUCU